ACAGGUAGUGACAGACCCGUAAAAUGCCGGAACCAGCUAAAUCCGCUCCCGCUCCGAAGAAGGGCUCCAAGAAAGCCGUCACCAAGACCCAAAAGAAAGGUGACAAGAAGCGUAGAAAGACUAGGAAAGAGAGCUACUCCAUCUACGUGUACAAGGUGCUGAAGCAGGUGCACCCCGACACGGGCAUCUCCUCCAAGGCCAUGGGCAUCAUGAACUCCUUCGUCAACGACAUCUUCGAGCGCAUCGCCGGCGAGGCCUCGCGCCUGGCGCACUACAACACGCGCUCCACCAUCACGUCGCGGGAGAUCCAGACGGCCGUGCGCCUGCUGCUGCCUGGCGAGCUGGCCAAGCACGCCGUCUCCGAGGGCACCAAGGCUGUCACCAAGUACACCAGCUCCAAGUAGGGCGCCUCGGACCGUCACUUUCAACCCAAAGGCUCUUUUAAGAGCCACCCAUAUAUUCAGUAAAAGAGUCUGUCACACUAAUUA